CCCGUCGUCGGUCUCGUUUUCUCCUCCAUCGCCUUUCUGUUUCACAUUUUCCUUACCAAACCUCUUCUGUUUUGUUCUGAUCUAAUCGCGCGGCGCAGUUCUUCUCUCCUGCUUCGUCUCUUUAGCGUCGGAGCCCGCUGCCGGAAGAACCCUUCUGUGUGGGAAGGAGGAGCUUUUUUUUUAUCGGUGUGUUGUUUUUUGUGCCUGAUGAGGAUUGUACGAAACACGUCCGAUCUUUCGUGCCCUAAUUUCUGUUCGUGAAAAUUUCAAUUCUGGUGCCGUCUCAUGGAAUCGAUCACACCUGUCUCUAGAUUGCUAUGUAGGAAAAUGAUGCUUUCUGGGGGAAGCUCAUCGUCCCGGUGCAAAGAGGCCGAGAUUUUGGGUAUUUCUCCGUCGUCCGCGAAUGGCAGUUCUGUAUCCAAGCCGUCUAAGCAAAAAGAGAUUAUACCUUCUGAAAUCAUAGACACAGAAAUGGAAGAUGAUGUCCGUGGACAAGAUUUUCUCAGUACAGGGGUAGUUGGCGACAAUGGCAAAGGCAAGGAAACUUUGUCCAAUUUUCCAUCUGAUAAUAGUAAUUUGGCAACUGAUGGAUCUGGGAGUGAUGUUCAGAUGUCUGAUCAUAGCAAUGUAGAUGAUUCCAGCUCUAAUCUCUUCUAUGAAGAGGAUGAAUGGCUCGAUACUUACUAUGAUGACAUAGUGUUUGAUGACUAUGAUGUUCUACAAUCUCAUUAUGACAGCAUGAAUAUUCCACCCGGAGUUGAGAUGCCAUUUCCCUGGUUGCCCGAUGGCCCUCAAAUCAGCGCCAAGGUUCCUGUAGCUGCUGCUAGUGGGUCUAGUAGUUCAAGUGCUCAAGCUAACUCAAAUGAUGCUAAAGCACCCUCUAUGGACUUGAGCCCUUCCUCUCCUACGGCGCCAAAGAGAUCACUUCGCUUAAAGAAAUUGGCGAAACCAUUGAACCUAAGAAGAGCCACCCGGUCCACUCGUCAUCAUUUCAGUGAUAUGCCUCCUAAUUCACCUUUGGAGUCUGGUUUUCUUUCAAAGAAAUAUACCAUGUUAAGUCAAUCCCUGCAUACAACUUCAGAAUCACCACCAGAGGGCUCGGGUUCUCUGCCUCCGAAGUUUAUGAAGGAAUCUUUCGAUUUUAUAGGAAAGAGUAAAAAGAGGAAUCCUCCAUUCUCCUAUUUCAAUUCCCAUCCAACUCCUCAAUUUGGUCCUGCUCCAAUUUUCAUGCCCCCUGUCCAGAAUCAGAAUGGCACAACAAAGUUGCCUUCGGUUGCAAUGAAUACUGUGCAUAAUAUAACUAGUGACUAUGCAACUUCAACCACACUGCCUAAUACACCUGGAGUGCCGCCAGGGUAUUCUACUGUCUGGCAGGAUAUGCCCAUGACUAUGUUCGAAAACACUUCACCUUUUGCACCAAUUGAAGCAAGUAUAUUCUAUCCAACGGUACAGGCCUCUGCUAAUUUUCAAACAGCUGAACUUCCACCCCGGAUAGGGCUAAAGAACUUGGAUGAAAUCCUGCGGAACUUUGAUCAGUUUAAGAAAUUUGAUACUGUUGAAGAUUGCUCGGAUCACUUCUUCUUUAAGCAAGGUUCUGUCCCGGCUCAGGCGCAGUCAACUAAACUUUGGGCCAAGAGGAUACAGGAGGAAUGGAAGAUUCUUGAAAAUGACUUGCCAGAUACAAUAUUUGUGAGGGUCUAUGAAUCCAGGAUGGAUCUUUUAAGAGCUGUGAUCAUAGGGGCAGAGGGAACCCCCUACCAUGACGGUCUCUUCUUCUUUGAUUUCUAUUUUCCUAUCGGCUAUCCCAAUUGUCCGCCUCUUGUGCACUACCAUUCUGGUGGCCUUCGAAUCAAUCCUAACUUAUACAACUGUGGGAAAGUAUGUUUGAGUCUUCUGAACACAUGGAGUGGUAACCAUAAGGAGAAGUGGAUUCCUGGCGUUUCGACUGUAUUACAAGUCCUGGUCUCCAUUCAAGGGUUGAUUUUGAAUGCUAAACCCUUCUUUAAUGAGCCGGGAUAUGCUGAUUUGCUUGGCUCUGAAAGUGGAGAAGAGAAAUCCUUGGAAUAUAAUGAGCGAACAUUCGUCUAUUCUCUGCAAACAAUGCUUUACGUCAUUAGAAGGCCACCAAAGUAUUUUGAGGACUUUGCCUACGGCCAUUUCUCCAAGCGGUCACAAGGUAUUCUGGCAGCAGCUCAAGCCUACUUAAACGGUGCUUGUGUAGGUAGCCCGGUUAAUGGAGGAAGCAGUGAGGGCGAUGACAAGGCCAAAAAGAGCUGUUCGGCUUAUUUCAAAUCCAGUGUUUCCGACUUCAUUCCCAGACUGACUGAUGUGUUCUCCCGAAUUGGGAAAAACAAUGGUACCCAGAGUAAUUGUUUAUCGGGGCCGAAUCCAGCUAUCUUGGCGCCCCAGCCCCAGCGCUCCGCCUCGGCUAAUAAACCUAUAAAGCUAGGCUAUUGAAAAAUAUGCUCUUGCGUUAUUUUAGACCUAACUGGCGAACAAGUGCAGGGUUAGAAUAUGCCUUGUUGCUUUUAUUUGGAUGAAAAACUUGAAUGAACGAAUGAAUGAAUGUACAUAUGAACAAGGUUUCAGCCCUUUGCUGUUUCAACUAACGAAUCUUCUUUUAUCGUUGUUAA